UCGCAUCUCUUUUCAUUCGGAAGUUUUUUAUUCCUAUUAAUUGAUUGAUUUGAUCAUCUGGACAGUAAGAAAUAUUUGUUUUUUGUAUUUGAAAAUCAAGAAAACAACCGAAAAAAUGUCGCAUUUAACCGGACAAGCUGGUGUUGGUGAUUGUGUUCUAUUGGAAAAUAUAACCAAAGAAUCAUUGAUAGAAAAUCUUAAAAAAAGAUAUCAAUCAGGAUAUUAUUAUACCUAUAUUGGUGAAGUUUGUAUAUCAUUAAAUCCAUAUAAAACAUUAUCAAUAUAUGGUGCGGAUAAUGUACGUGAAUAUCGUGGCCGUGAAAUAUUUGAACGUCAACCACAUAUAUUUGCUAUUGGUGAUGCUGCAUAUAAAACAAUGCGUCAACAGGUACAGGAUACCUGUAUAUUAAUAUCCGGUGAAUCUGGUUCCGGUAAAACAGAAGCAUCCAAAAUUAUAAUGCGUUAUUUAGCUGCAAUAACCAAUAUUAAUGGACAAGAUGAAAUUGAAAGAGUUAAAAAUAUUUUACUCAAAUCUAAUUGUAUAUUAGAAACAUUUGGUAAUGCAAAAACAAUACGUAAUGAUAAUUCAUCAAGAUUUGGAAAAUAUAUGGAUAUUAAUUUUGAUUUUAAAGGUGAUCCAUUAGGUGGCCAUAUUAAUAAUUAUCUUUUAGAAAAGUCACGUGUUGUAACACAACAACCAGGUGAACGAAAUUUUCAUUCAUUUUAUCAGCUAUUAUUUGGUUGUUCUGAACAACGUCUAAAUGAAUUAUCAUUACAACGUAAUCAACAAUUGUAUAAUUAUUUAAGACAAGGACAAGUAUCAAAAUUAACAAAUGAUAAUGCAAAUUAUAAACAAGUUGAAUCGGCAAUGAAAAUAUUACAAUUUAGUAAUGAUGAAAUUAUUGCUAUUGAUCAUAUAUUAGCUGCUAUUAUACAUUUAGGUAAUAUACAAUUUGUAUUGAAUCAAUCUGAUCAUGGUAAAUCAUCAUCAUCAUCAUCAACGGUAUUGAUUGAUCCAAAAACACGGCAAUAUGCACAAAAUGUUUCAAAAUUAUUAUCCAUAUCGAUGGAACAAUUGGAAAAAUCAUUAUGUUCAAGAACAAUAACAGCUAAUCGUGAAAUAAUGCGUAAAGAUCAUACAAUAGCACAAUCUGAAGCUGGUCGUGAUUCAUUUGCCAAAGCCAUUUAUGAACGAUUAUUUAAUCAUGUUGUUUCUGGUGUUAAUCGUGCAUUAAUGGUUGAUCAUAAUGCUAAUCAUAAACAACAUCAUACUUCAUCAUCAAUUCAAUCACAAUGUGCUGUUAUUGGUGUAUUAGAUAUAUAUGGUUUUGAAGUACUUGAACAGAAUAGUUUUGAACAAUUCUGUAUAAAUUAUUGUAAUGAACGUUUACAACAAUUAUUUAUUAGUUUAGUAUUACGACAAGAACAAGAAGAAUAUGCACGUGAAGGUAUUAAUUGGAUACAGAUUGAUUAUUUUGAUAAUGCACCAAUAUGUUCAUUAAUGGAUAAUGUUAAAACCGGUAUGUUUGCAACAAUGGAUGAUUCAUGUUUAGCUGUUGGUCGUAUAACUGAUCCAUUAUUAUUGGAAACAAUGGAUAAUAAAUAUCGUAAUGAAAAAUAUUAUGAUUCAAGACGUAAAUCACCAACAGAUAAAUCAUUAGAAUAUGAUCAUCAUUUUCGUUUAAAACAUUAUGCCGGACCAGUUGUUUAUGAUAUUCAAGGAUUUAUUGAAAAAAAUCGCGAUACAUUAUUUCAGGAUUUUAAACGUCUUUUAUAUUCAAGUAAAAAUAAAGUUAUUUCAGAAAUGUGGCCUGAAGGUGCAAAAAAUAUAACCGAAGUAAGUCGAAGACCUGUAACAGCCGGUUAUCUAUUUAAAACAUCAAUGAAUGAUUUGAUUGAAAAUCUUAAGAAAAAAGUUCCAUUCUAUAUUCGAUGUAUAAAACCGAAUUCGGAUAAAUCACCAUCAAAAUUUGAUCCAUCCAUUGUAUCACAUCAGGUUGAAUAUCUUGGUUUGGUGGAAAAUGUUCGUGUACGUCGUGCCGGUUUUGCACAUCGUUCAACAUAUGAACGUUUUUAUCAACGUUAUAAAAUGAUAUCAUCAUCAACAUGGCCAAAUUUUCGUGAUGGUGAUGCUAAACAAGCCAGUAAAGCAUUGAUCAAUGAUAAACAUUUUAAUUCGGAUGUUGAAUAUGGUAAAACAAAAAUAUUUAUACGAUCACCACAAACAGUAGUAGAAUUGGAAAGACAACGUGAACUUUAUAUUAAUAUGAUAAUCGUAUUGUUACAAAAAGUUUGGCGUGGUACAUUGGUUCGUAUGCGUAUACGAAGACUUCGUGCGGCUAUGUAUAUUCUGCAAGCAUAUCGUCGUUAUAAACUUCGUCAAUAUCUAUCUGAAUUACAUUCAAUAGCCAUACAGACACGUCAAUUAUAUCAACCGGGUCAUUCUUCAUCAUCAUCGGGUAGAAUGACAGCAACAAAACAGCGUUUAGAAUUGGAACAAAAUGGUUGGCCAAAAGCACCAAAAUCAUUAGUAUCGGUUGUCAAUGUUAUUCAACGUAUUUAUCGUCGAUGGAAAGCAUGGUUAUUAUUACGUCGUAUACCACGUGAACAAUGGAAUGAAUUUCGAUUGAAAAUAAUUGCAACAUCAGCAUUAAGUGGACGUCGUUUAAAUUAUGGUCUUUCGGAUAAAUGGAUUGGUAAUUAUCUUGGCCAACAGGAAACCAAUUUAAAAGCAAAUCAAUUUAAAGCCGAAGUUCGACAAUUUUUACCAAAUGAAAAUGUUUUAUUUUCAAGUCGUGUUAUAAAAGCAUCAUCAUCAUUUUUACGAAAAUGUGUUGAUCGUUGGAUUGUUGUUACUGAACGUAGUAUUUAUCGAAUUGAUUGGAAAACAUCUAAAUUGGUUGGCCAUUCAACACCAAUAAUGGAUGCAACUGGUAUUGCCAUAACAAAAGGUAUUGAUCAAUUAGUUGCCGUUAAUGUACGUGGUGGUAAUGAUUUUGUUGUUGCAUUUGUUGAUUCAAAUGAUCCAUUUAUUCGACCAGUAAAUCGUAUUGGUGAAUUUGUUGCAAUCAUAAUGAAACAAUAUUCAAUAUUAACUAAACGUGAUUUAAUGGUUACCAUAAGUGAUUCUAUUCAUUGUCGAUUAGGUAAUAAGGAAAAAGUUUUAAUUGUCGAACCAAUUGGUGGACAACAUCCAAUACAAGUUUUAUUUAAACGAAAUGGUAAUCAUCUUAGUUUAUUAUGGCCAUCAACAUUACAACAACAACAUUCAAAUGGUCUGUAAAGCCAUAUUAAGCCAGCCAUUUAACCCCAUUUCGACCAAGAAAAAAAUUUUUAUUGAUUUUCUAUGAAGAAAAAAAGUUUCAAAAUUUAUUUUUUGUUUUUA